ACAAGAUGUUGAAAAAGGAUAACGAAUUGUUGCUCCCAGUGCACUAAACCACCUAAUACCUAAUAAUCAAAAGGAAUAGAAACCAAGGUAUUUUUCUCACACUCUUGGCUGAAUGGCUCUUCUAUGCAAAAAUUAUGAAAGAAAAAACAUGAAUUGCGGAUUUGUGAGUUAUAAAGAAUUAUGCAGCGAAGACGCAUUUUGGCAAAUAAUACCAGCUGCCUCGAUUUGUGUUUGGGAAGAUCAUGGAGGAUAAAGAAGAUAGAGCAAGUCAAAGGUCAAUUAAUGAUGAGGAUCUUGAUCAUGAGAAUACAAUGUCUAUUCUUGUUGCUACCGAUAAUCACAUCGGAUACAUGGAAAAAGACCCAGAGAGAGCAUCAGAUUCGUUGGUAACAUUUGAAGAGAUACUACAAAUCGCUAAAGAGAAAAAAGUUGAUUUUAUUUUGCUUGGUGGAGAUUUAUUCCAUGAAAAUAAACCAUCUCGAAAAAUAGUUCAUAAGACAAUGGAGAUAAUACGAAAAUAUUGCAUGGGAGAUCAACCAUGUUUCCUGGAAUUUCUCAGUGAUCAAUCUAUCAAUUUUGCAGCCAACAGUUUUCCCACUGUGAACUACGAGGAUCCUAACUAUAAUAUCUCUAUUCCAAUAUUCUCAAUUCACGGAAAUCAUGAUGAUCCAGCAGGGGAUGGGAAUUUAUGUACACUUAAUCUAUUUAGUGUCAGUGGUUUUGUUAAUUAUUUUGGUAAAGCAAGCAAUGUAGAUGAUAUUACUAUAAGCCCUAUACUUAUGCAAAAGGGUACGACAAAGUUAGCUCUGUAUGGCCUGGGAUCUGUACGCGAUGAAAGAUUACAUCGAACAUUUCUUAACAAAAAAGUCAAAAUGCUUCGUCCAAAGGAAGAUCCUGACUCUUGGUUCAAUUGCUUUGUUCUUCAUCAAAACAGAGCUAAACACGGAGCAAAAAAUCAUAUUCCUGAGAAUUUUCUUGACGAUUUUCUUGAUCUGGUAAUCUGGGGCCAUGAACAUGAAUGUCUUAUUGAUCCUCAAUAUUCGGAAUCUGAGAAAGAUAUUUAUAUCAGUCAACCUGGUUCAUCAGUCGCAACUUCGUUGUGUGAGGGAGAAGCUAAAGAGAAGUACUGUGGAAUUUUACGAGUUGUUGGAAAGAAUUUUCGUAUGGAUAAAUUUCGCUUAAAGACAGUACGUCCAUUUUACACAAAAGAUGUUAUAUUAAGUGAGACUGAUGUUGAUUCUUUUGACGACGCCGCUGCGCAAGAGUAUUUAGCUGAACAGGUGGAAGAACUGAUUGCCCUAUCUGAGCGUGAGCACACUGGAGACAUCAGACAACCAAAACUACCUUUGAUACGACUCAGGGUUGAGUACACGGGUGGAUUUUCGCCUUUCAAUGUCAACAGAUUUGGACAACAGUUCGUAAAACGUGUUGCAAAUACAAAGGAUAUUCUACUGUUUUAUCGCAAGAGAGUUUUAACUGUUAGAGAAAAGAAAACUAAUGACGUUGGAACAGUUCGAAUUCGUCCUGAAAUAUUAGAUGAAGUUCAUGUUGAAGACCUUGUUAAAGAAUAUCUUAAUUCUCAAGAGAAUAAACUGCAAUUAAAUAUUUUAUCUGAGCGCAAGAUGGGAUUAGCCUUGCAAGAAUUUGUCGACAAAGAUGAGAAAGAAGCAAUUGGUGAGAUUGUCAAAUUACAACUUCGUGAUACUCAGAAAACAUUAUCAACAAAGAAUGUCCGAUAUGAAAAUGACAUUGUCCAGGAGGUUAUCAAAGAAACUGAACGAAGUCGAACCGUAGAGCCAAGCCAGGAAGAAGACGCGCACACAAGAAAGAUUUUAAAAGAAGCGGUGCAACAUUCUCAAAGCAAAGUGCAAGAUACACCGAUCACUUUAUCCGACGAAAGUGAUGGAGAGGAUGGAAGUCGAACUACUAAGACCACUCGGGGACGAGGGCGUGGCAGAGGGCGUGGUAGAGGGAAAGAACGAUCUGAAGGAUCGCGAAAAACAACAUCUGCUCGUGGAAAAAAGCCGCAGAUUCUGUUUGAAGAUGGUGGCAGUUUAUCCUUUGGUAAGAACGACUCGAGAGGCAAGUUAUCUAGUUCUGCAUGGGAUCAAAACUCGAAUGAGCUGGAUGAGGAAGAUCCUUUUGCUUUUCCAACGAAACGAAAACGUUAAGGCUCUUCUAAUAUCCUAACGUCAGGCAAAGAGCCAUUAAAGGUAUUUCUCAUUAACGGCGGCCCUGAAUGUAAAAACAAUGGGAUGAAAAACUAGGAAAACCUCGUAAAUAUGAAAACUAUAGAAAAAGGCAAAAGGCAACAAAUAGUUCUAAAGUUUACCAACAGCGAAGGUUCGAAAUAAUGGAGCGAUUCUGGCCCUCGGCGUCAAUAACUUCCAGUUCCGAAGGCUGAAAUUCGGGUAUCAGAGGUUCAUAAUGUUGAGUAUUGAACGUUAUAUUUUUAAAAGAAUACAUUAAUAUAGCA